CUUUUUACUUUACAAGCUUUAAAUGGCAAAAGCAGGGGCAUGAAGAACUUCCCCAUAAACUUGGAAACAUGGCAACGUUGGAGUGAUUCUUUACAUACAUAUAUUUUUUUACCAUUAAAAUGUGGUCUCUACCAUAUUCAAAUCUCUAUUCUGUGAUGAGUUAGAAGCUAUGUUGGUUUGUGAAUGUGUUUUUCCUUGUGUUUUCCGUCAUAAAUGUCGUGUUUCGUAAUUUAUUUUGGAAACCAAUUGUGUCAAUUUUUAAAAGUUCAUAAUGGAGGGAGAUGAAGACUCUGGUAAUUAUGCGAAAGCAUCAACUAAUAAUAAUAAUACAAAGCCAAACAGUACAAGCAAUGUAAUAGACUGCGGAGACAUGAGCUUCAUGAUGGUCGACUACAUCAAAGAGGCGAUGAAGGCCAUGGACAUGAUGAGGAGCCAUCAGAUGCUCACGGACGUCGUAUUGGAAAUUGGCAACGAGUUGUUUCAUGCGCACAAGGUGGUGUUGGCGGCGGCCAGUCCCUAUUUUAAAGCCAUGUUCACGGGGGGCCUGAAGGAAUGCGAAAUGAAACGGGUCAAGUUACAGGGAAUCUCUCCUACCGCCAUGGCAAAGCUGAUCACUUUUAUGUACACCGGAAAAAUACGGGUGACCGAGAACACCGUGUGUCAAUUGCUGCCUGCGGCUACGAUGUUACAGGUCCCAAACGUUAUCCAAGCAUGCUGUGAUUUUUUAGAGCGACAGCUGGAUCCAAGCAACGCAAUCGGUAUAGCAAAUUUUGCCGAACAACACGGUUGUUUAGAACUUUGUAGGAAGGCAAAUCAGUAUAUCGAACGACGAUUUGUGCAGAUUUGUCAGGAGGAAGAGUUUUUGCAAUUAACCGCCCAUCAGCUCAUACUGCUAGUAAAAAAAGACGAAUUGAAUGUUCAAGACGAAAAGGAAGUUUACAAUGCUGUUCUAAAAUGGGUAAAAUACGACGAGGAAAAUCGUCAUCGUAAAAUGGAAGAUAUCCUCAGUGCCGUGCGAUGCCAAUUUUUGCCGCCAAAAUUUCUAAACGAUCAGAUGACUAACUGCGAUGUAAUUAAAAAAACGCCCGCUUGCAAAGAGUAUUUGGCGAAAAUAUUUAAGGAUCUAACUUUACAUGUUCGUACGAUUGUAAAAGAACGGACGCCAAACAUUCCGAGGGUCAUUUACGUCGCUGGCGGUUAUUUCAAGCAAUCCUUGGAUAUUUUAGAAGGUUUUAAUAUCGACGACAAAACGUGGAUAAAGUUGGACCGUUUGAUAGUGCCGAGAUCGGGAUUAGGCUGUGCAUUUUUAAAGGGUCAUUUUUUUGCCGUGGGUGGGAGAAAUAAUAGUCCCGGCCAUAGCUACGACUCCGAUUGGGUAGAUCGAUAUAAUCCGGUAUUGGAUGAGUGGAUGCCCUGCCAUCCCAUGUCCGUUCCAAGGAACCGAGUUGGGGUGGCUGUAAUGGACGGUCUUCUUUACGCUGUGGGCGGCGGAGAGUGCAGCAAAUACCACAGUAGUGUUGAAUAUUAUGAUCCUGAAAUGGAUCGAUGGACAAUGGUGAAACCUAUGCACUUUCCCAGAUUAGCCGUGGGUGUAGCGGUAGUCAACAGGUUACUUUACGCUAUUGGCGGCUUCGACGGCACGGUGCGCCACAAUUCGGCCGAAUGUUACCAUCCUGAAAAUAAUGAGUGGUCGAUGAUUCCUUCCAUGCAUACUAUGAGGAGUGGGGCAGGCGUCUGUGCGAUGAAUCAGUACAUCUAUGUUGUUGGGGGCUAUGACGGUAGAAAGCAACUCAACAGUGUCGAGAGAUAUGAUACUGAAAAAAAACAUUGGGAAUUCAUUCCCAGCAUGCGAAUAUCCCGCAGCGCCUUAAGUGUUACUGUAUUAGAUGGAAGGAUUUAUGCUAUGGGUGGAUAUGACGGUCAUAAUUUCUUAAGGGAUGUUGAAAUUUACGAUCCGUUGACAGAUGUGUGGAGCGAAGGUGUGCCUUUAACUUCUGGACGGUCUGGUCAUGCCAGCGCCGUUUAUUACCAAGCGUCAACGCAAGAUGUCCCGUAUCGUACCAGCCUUCAACCUUAUCCGAGCACAUCAAGAAUGGCGGUUUUGUAGAUUCCAAAGUUUUUUUUCCAAAGAGGAAAAAUGAGAUCCUAGGAGUGGGAUUCUACAUUUUUGUGAUACAAUAGUGAUUUUGUGAGUUGGUAAAAUCAAGGAUUAUAAGGAUUAUAAAUUGCAAGCAAAUAUCAAAGAAUUACUAAAAUCUUAAAAAUGUAAGCAAAGAUAAAGUGAUAAUUUGGCCAUAUAUUAUGUGUAUUCCAUUGGAGACCUGUAGAUUUCUUAGGUGGGUCUUACUACAUGAGAGCUUCGAUUUUAUUCUAUACAUUAUUAAAGUUUCGAAGAGGAUAUUAUUUGUUUGUCAUUGAAUCUGUGAUUCAGUGUUAUAUAUGUAUAGGGAAUGUCCUGAAUGACUGACUAAUAUAUAAAUUGCAAUAUUUGCAACUAGGUGUUAAGUAUCACUUUAGUUAGUUUAAGCGCAAUAAAUCCAUACAUGCUUUUGUGUAUUCUUCAAAGAAUGAAAAAACAAUAAUGAAUGGUAUUUCUUUGUAUGUGGUGACCAAAAUGAAUCAAAUGGAUUAAACACUUGAAUAUUUUGGUUUAAAGAUAAUGCAGGCUGUCUUUUUUUUACUGCCUUCGUUAGAAUGUUUUACACGUGCUUUUUGGGUUACAUGCGUGUAUUUUUUCUUAAUAGGUGGAAUUAAUAAAUUUACAAAACUUUAAUUUGUUGAUAAAAAUACCAAAAAAAAAACAGCAUUUAAAACUCCAUUGCGAAUACUUUCUACCCUUAUAAAAUAUUUCCAGAAGUUAAGCAGUUACUAUAAAAAUAUCCGUUUACUAUUAGGAAUUGAGUAAAUAUUCUUCAGAGGACUCAAAUCUAUAUUCUAAUAUCAAUUUUCUUUCUUGAGUUUUCAUGAAAGAUUAAUGUGUAAGAUGUAAGGGUGAAUUUUGUUUAAUUCCCGGGGCCAUUGUUGUUGAUAAGACGGGAAACGGAGCGUCUAAAACUGGACCAUACAUUUAAAAUAUUUUUUUCUAAUUGAGCAAGCAAACUUUUGUUAUUGUGCUGGUGAAAGUGACUAUAGUUUACAUACCUGAUUGAUUGUAAAUAUAUGUAAUGUCUAGUCAAAAAAUCUAAGCUAAUAUUGAUCUUUUUAUUGUUGAGUGCUUUUUUCUAAUUAAAUUCGUUUAUUUACUUAAUGUUAAAGUAAACUUUAUGAAAACUAAACCUUAUUUUGCAAAACUUCGAUAUUUUCACGUAGUUAACAGUAACAGAUCCUCAUUGAUAUGCCAGAACUCUACCCUUGUUCUAGUGUUUUCACUUCAUUAACAUAUUUUUUUUUGUUUGUCGAGCUAAUUAAUACGUUCAAUGUAUUAUUUUGAAGAUCAUUCUUCCGUCCAACAAUCAUCCAAUCGUAAUUUUCGUUUCAUUGUGCCUUUAGAUAUGUGUGUGUAAUUUCAAAACUUUGCCUCUGUAUCUGUUUAUCGAUUGAUAGUCUAUAAUUAUUUUAAUUUUAAUUGUUUUUUUUUUUCAAUUUAUAAUACAAAAUUAAAAUGCCUAUCAAUUAAUAUUAAUCAUUUUUGAAAUUGGUCAUUGUUAGUGGCGUGGACUCUUUAAUUGUUAUUUUUUGGUUAGUGUUAAAAAAAAUAGUGACGUGUUUUUUAUUACUUAGGCUCUGUAAAAGCCACCCACAAAACGUCCAGUAUUACUAAAAUUUUGCUUAAGAACGCAUUUUUGAAAAACUUAUUCACAAUAUGUUCUGACUUACGGGGGUUGCUUUAAAACUGUUAUUAACUGGCAUGUGGAGACAACUAUGGUCGUUUCAUUUAGCACUGUUACUACUAAGCUUGGCUAAAUAUGUAAUUGAUAAUUUGUUUUAUUUAUUUCUAAACUUUUAUAUUUUGUUUGUUUAUUUCUUUGGUUUAUGUUGUUUUUUGGACAAUCAGAAUAACAAAUAUUUAAUAAGAACACAAUCUUUUAAGUAGUUUUACAAGCUUGUACUAUUGUAAUUAGAACUAGUUGUUACUUUUAUGCUUAGCGAGAGAAGAUGUACAAAAACUAUUACAUGUACAGUAUUUUGCUAAUAAACA